AUGGAGGUGCAGGGUGCUCCCCUGCAGUCGGUGUUGGUCACCGCACAGGGCAAGGGCAGCGUCAUGGCGCCCAGCAGCGACCUGCGCCGAGUACUGCAGCGAUGGGCGGGCGUGGCGCGCCUGUGGUGGCGCUGCCCCAGCGAGCGGCGGCGCGCCUGGGCGUUUGUGGCCGCCUGCGUGGCGCUGUCGAUCACCAACGUGGGCCUGCUGCUGUGGAUCAGCUACGUGCAGAACGCGCUGCAAACAUCCCUGUCCGAGAAGCAGCAGGCUGGCUUUCAUGCCGCCGUCUGGGACUUUGUGCUGAUCAUCGUGGUGGCUGCCCCGCUCUUUGCCCUCACCGACUACGUCGACAGCUGCCUGACGGUGGCCUGGCGCAAGUGGCUCACCCAGCACAUGAUCCGUGCCUACUUUGCCGGCCACGCCUACUUCCGCCUGAGGAUCGACCCGCAGGCCAUCGACAACCCCGACCAGGCACGCCACCGCAGCUCGGGGACGAUCCCAUUCCUCGCCUCCCGUCGUUGCCGCCCUCGCAUCUGUGAGGACGUGCGCGCCUACACCGCCACCUCAGUCAUGCUCUCCGUCUCAAUCAUGCGCAAAAUAUUUAUGUGUGUGGCAUUUGCAGGCCUGCUGUGGUCGCUGGCUCCCCAGCUGGCCGUCUUCCUGAUUUUCUACGCCGUGGGCGGCACCUGGGUGACGGCGGCGGGCUUUGGGCGCCGCCUCAUGCGCCUCACCUACUCUGUGCUGCAGCGAGAGGCGGAUCUUCGCUUUGCACUGGUGCGGGUGCGGGAGAACGCGGAGAGCAUCGCGUUCUACAGCGGCGACCAACGCGAGGCCGAGCUGGCGGUCGCCAGGCUGGCACGAGUCAUCGCCACUAUUUUUGGAAAGGCGAGCUUUGUGCGGUGGGAGGCCUACCUGUCGCUCUGGCAGAACAUCUACACGUACGCCACCAUCCUGCUGCCCUCCCUGCUGCUUUCCAAGCGCUACUUUGCGGGGGAGAUCCGGUUUGGGGGGAUCAGCCAGGCCAGCUUCGCCUUCCACGCCAUCGAGGGCGCCCUCAGCUACAUUAUCACCCACCUCAGCGACAUGAGCCAGCUGGCGGCGCAGACAGACCGGCUGGAUGCCCUGCUGGCGGCGCUGGUGGCGCAGGCGGAGGGCGCCCCCGGCGGCGUGCGCAGGAAGGGCAGCACGGGUGGCAGCGUGGAGGUGAGCGACCUCACGCUGACCACGCCGCACGGCGAGCAGACGCUGUGCAAGGGGCUGAGCCUGAGGCUAGAGGCGGGGCAGAGCCUGCUCAUUGUGGGUCCCAGCGGCGUGGGCAAGACCAGCAUCAUGCGGGCGGUGGCAGGCCUGUGGACCGCGGGCUCCGGCACCAUUGCCGCCCCGGCAGACACGUUCUUCCUGCCACAGCGGCCCUACAUGCCGCUGGGCACGCUGCGAGAGCAGCUCACCUUCCCAGACUCAUAUGCCGAGGUGGCAGCCUCGGCACGCCCCGCCAGCGGCAGCAGCGGCGGCGGCGGCAGCGCCGAGGACGGCGCGGCCGCAGCCGGCGGCGGCAUCGGCCACAAGCGCAGCGGCGACGGCGGCGGCGGCGACAGCGAUAGCGGGGAGGAUGAGGGGGAGGGGGAGGGGGCGCCGCGGGCGGCCGGCGGCGCGCGGCGUGCGGCCAGCCUGCGGGGCGUGGCCGGCAGCGGGUACCGGCGCCUGAGCGGUGGCAGGAGAAAGCCGCUGCCCGAGGGCGGCGCCAUGCUGGAUAGCGGCCUGGCCAGCCCUGCCUGCAGCCCUGCGUUGGAUGCGGAGCUGCAGGGGCUGCUAGAGGCGGUGUGCCUGCCCAGCCUGCUGGCCAGGGUGGGCGGCCUGGAUGCGGAGCUGGACUGGGCGCACAUGCUGUCGCUGGGGGAGCAGCAGCGCGUGUCGGUGGCGCGCCUGCUGCACCACAGGCCCGCGGUGGCAUUCCUGGAUGAGGCCACCAGCGCGCUGGACAUGGCCACGGAGCGUGCGCUGUACACCCGCCUGCAGCAGCACUGCGCCUGCUUCAUCAGCAUCGCGCACCGCAGGCAGCUGGCGGCGUUCCACACGCACGUGCUGGAGGCGGCGGGGGACGGCAGUUGGGUGCUGCAGGAGGCGCCAGACUUCCUGCGGCGCCUGCAGGAGUAG